AUGUCUGCCAACCCCCACCACCCUCACACCCUCUCCACCCUGGACUUCCAAGGUGCCAGCAGUGCUGCCGCUGCCAACGCCAUGCGCACUGAGCUCAACCGCCUCAUCUCCCAGGUCAAGGACGAGAACGAGCGCAAGUUGUUCCAAAAUGAGAUGGGUAACUUUUUCAUGCUGUUCAACCGCUUCUUGGCCGAGAAGAGCAAGGGCACAAAGAUCAACUGGGACAAGGUCAAGUCGCCCCCAGAGGACCAGGUCGUUCCCUACGACAGCAUCCCCAAGGUCGAGUCCAGCCCUCACCUCAACAAGCUCGCUGUCUUGAAGCUCAACGGAGGUCUCGGAACCACCAUGGGUUGUGUCGGACCCAAGUCUGCUAUCGAGGUCCGCGAUGGUAUGACCUUCUUGGAUCUCUCUGUCCGUCAGAUCGAGUAUUUGAACAAGGCCAAGAAUGUCAACGUGCCAUUCAUCCUCAUGAACUCGUUCAACACCGACGACGAGACCAAGCGCAUCGUCCAAAAGUACGCUACCCACAACAUCGAGAUUCUGACCUUCAACCAGUCCAGAUACCCCCGCGUCAACAAGGACUCGCUCCUCCCCACCCCCCGCAACCCCAACGGCGACAUUGCCGACUGGUACCCCCCUGGUCACGGAGAUCUCUUUGACUCGCUCAACAACUCGGGUCUCCUCGACCAGCUUAUUGCCGACGGCAAGGAGUAUGUCUUUGUCUCCAACGUCGACAACCUCGGAGCCACCGUCGACGAGGGCAUCCUUAACCACAUGGUCGAGUCUGACGCCGAGUUCCUCAUGGAGGUCACCGACAAGACCCGCGCCGAUAUCAAGGGAGGUACCCUCAUCGACUACGAGGGCCAGAUCCGUCUUCUCGAGAUUGCUCAGGUCCCCUCGGAGCACGUCGAAGACUUCAAGUCGAUCAAGAAGUUCAAGAUCUUCAACACCAACAACUUGUGGGUCAACUUGAAGGCCAUCAAGCGCGUUGUCGAGGACCGCGAGUUGAAACUCGAGGUCAUUGUCAACAACAAGACCACCGCCUCGGGUGAGAAGGUCAUCCAGCUCGAGACUGCCGUUGGUGCCGGUAUCAAGCACUUUCACAACGCCCACGGUGUCAAUGUGCCCCGUAGCCGUUUCUUGCCCGUCAAGUCGACCUCGGAUCUUUUCUUGGUUACUUCGGACUUGUACUCGUUGAUCCACGGCGAGUUGUCGAUCAACCCCAAGCGCAUGUUCAACACUGUUCCCCUCGUCAAGUUGGGCGAUCACUUCAAGAAGGUCAACGGCUUCAUGUCGCGCUUCAAGAACUCGCCCCACAUCCUGGAGCUGGACCAUUUGACUGUCACUGGAGAUGUUACUUUCGGAGCAGAUGUUGUCCUCAAGGGUACUGUUAUCAUUGUUGCCAACGCUGGCUCGCACAUUGACAUUCCCUCUGGCAGUAUCCUCGAGAACAAGGUCGUCUCUGGCAACCUUCACAUCCUCGACCACUAA